ACAACUAUGUAACAUCCAACAGUACUUCGCUGGACGUCGAUCCCUCACCUGCAUCUCACGGGCAUCUGCUCUCAAUUUGUGGUCUGGUACCGGAUUUCCAUGUUAAUUUGCUUCCCGACUGCUUCACCCACCAUGGAGGCAUCCUCCCUUCUCCGCCCGUUCCUUACCCCUUCUUCCAUCCUCCCUCGCUUAAACCCUAACCCCUUUCUCCUCCCAACCUUGAACCCGAAGAAGAGGAGAUCGCGAUGGCGUUCCCAAUUAAAAACCCCAAACCCUCCACCUAUCCAUCGCCAUCUCUCCUCGAUCUGUAAACCUAAUCGCCUCAACUUCCUCUGCCUCUCCGUCCCCGAGGAGCUCACCACCAAUAACGCCCCCGAGACUGAUCCGGAGCCCUUGUUCUCGCGCUGGACCCCGCCGCGCCCCCUCUGGCGCGGCCUCUCCGCCCUCGUGAUCGCCGGCCAAGUGGUCCGCCGCGCCCUCGCCGGCCACGUCCACCGCCGCAACACCCUCCAGCAGCUCGAGCGCGUCGGCCCCCGCUCCACCGGCGUCUGCCUCCUCACGGCCACCUUCGUGGGCAUGGCCUUCACCAUCCAGUUUGUCCGCGAGUUCACCCGCCUCGGCCUCCACCGCUCCGUCGGCGGCGUCCUCGCACUCGCUCUCUCACGUGAGCUCAGCCCCGUCGUCACCGCCGUCGUCAUCGCUGGCCGCGUCGGCUCCGCCUUCGCCGCCGAGCUAGGCACCAUGCAAGUCUCCGAGCAGACCGACACCCUCCGCGUCCUCGGCGCCCACCCCGUUGACUACCUCGUCACUCCCCGUGUCAUCGCCUGCUGCCUCGCCCUCCCCUUCCUCACCCUCAUGUGCUUCACCGUUGGCCUCGCCUCCAGCGCUCUCCUCGCCGAUGCCGUCUUUGGCGUCAGCAUCAACAUCAUCCUCGAUUCUGCCCGGAAGGCGCUCCGGCCCUGGGAUUUAAUCAGUGCCAUGGUCAAGUCACAGGUGUUCGGGGGAAUCAUCGCGACUGUGAGCUGUGCUUGGGGCGUCACGACCCUCGGUGGGGCCAAGGGGGUGGGGGAGUCCACGACCUCUGCAGUGGUGAUCUCGCUCGUGAGCAUAUUUAUGGCUGAUUUUGCCCUCUCCUAUUGCUUCUUCCAGGGUGCCGGCGACUCGCUCAAAUAUGCCAUGGGGUAGUUUUGAAGGUCACCGUCCUUUGUUGGCAUCAUCCCGUGGCUUUCGUGGUGGCGAACAUUUGGAACAGCAAGGCCGAUACUUUGUACGUCAACAAGUUCCCUGUUUCGAAAAAUAAAAACAUUGGUUAGUUCGGUUAUCUCCUUUCCCCCAGGUUUUUGCUAUUAGCAAUCUAGUGUCACCGUCUUUUUCUUUUUUUUUUUUUUUUUGUAUUUAUACUCUUGAACACUACCAAAUUAUAAAUUGUCUACCUGUCAUAUUGUUUGCCGAGUGUAGGAUGCAGCAGAUUCUAUCUGCUGUUACGGAUGAAAUUCUAUUUACUGAGAUCUCACCUUGUAUUUUGUAGAACUUUGAUUGUGUGAGUGCAAUUUAAGCAUGAUGUUCACAAGGAAUCUUGAUAUCCUCCACCAUGGUGAUAUGCUUGAUUUUGUCCAAUAAUUGCCGUUGCACUCAGAAGUUUUUUUUCCUCUUUUGGAAUGUUAUCUCCUCGAGCAUUCUGUUCCUUGUGAACUAUUCUAUGGAACAUGCUCACUUG